AUUUGUUCUUUCUGCACAGGGCAUGGGUCUCUGCUUUAUUGGUAAGCGUGAUUUUCGGGCUUUUGUGGAGAACUACUUGGAGCCAAGGUCUGGAUACUUCAUCGACGUGGAGACAGGCAAGAUUGUCGGGACACACACAGGUAGCCACUCUUGGAAAAUAGGUCAGCGCUGUCACAUCGGUGGCUGUCCUGUGGCCUACUACGUGGCACAGCUCUGUCCUCGUACCCAGUGCAUCAGUGUGGUACCUGGCCAACACCACCCGGCCCUAUAGUGUCGCUUAUUGUACACUGGCAAGCCUCACUGGAUCUGCCAGGAGCCACCUUGGCAGAUGCCAGGUGACACCAUGCCCACCCUACGCUGCUUGUUCAGGACACAGCACAGAAACAGCCUAGCCUGGUGCAUAGCCAUUUUUAAUGGAGAGGCCACAGGGGCUGCAGAACUUACUGGUGGACUCAAGGUCAUUCUAGACGACCACUACAGGGCCAUUACUAUUGGACAGUUUAUAGUGUUGUACAGCCAGGAUGGAGAGUGCUAUGGAAGCACCAAGAUUCUUGGUCUUCGCCCAAAACAUUAUGAGGAACAGAAGCAGGCAGCAAAAUCUUGUCCUCCACAUCGAGCCAGCGCUGCUGGAAGCUGAGAUAUCGUAUGGUUUUUAAGAUCCGUGACAGUUUUUUCCUGCAGCCCCCACAUUCAACUAGACAGCCAGUGAGCAUGUUAUACAGGGUUGGUAAAUUAGUCGGAAAGUUGUAAACCUUGUAGCGGCAGCCAAGCCAAGCCGCCAGGCAGCGUCACAUUUCACUGUUCUCUAGAACCUCCAGAGAACCCAAAUAAAGCCAGUUUAUGUUUGGAAUCCUA